AUGGUAGUAUCGCUCACUACUACCGCCAUCAAGGCGGUGGCCUUUGCUUACGGCCUCUUUGCUUUGAGUCUGUAUUACUACAAAUUUAUCCGCUAUGGUAUCUUUUUUCAGAAAAAUACUGAGAAGCAAGAUCUUCAGCUACAGCUGGCUCGAGAUCGACUGUGGAAUUUAUCAAAGAGUUAUCGCGGCCUCUCUCACCAUUUCUUGACUUUGCAGAGUGGUUUCAAGUUCCAUUUUGUUAGCAAUCAUACUCCCAACUCGUCCGAAGCUUUGAGCUCUGGUAAACCCGUGGUUAUCUUCAUUCAUGGGUUUCCUGACAGCUGGGCCGUUUGGCGUCACAUUGCCGGUUCCUCGACCCUUCAAGAUGCUGCUUCUAUUGUUGCAAUUGAUAUGCCUGGUUACGGAGGCACGCAAAAACUCGAUAAAUACACAGCUACCAAUCUUUUGGAGCGAUUGACCGAGCUCAUCAUCGCUCUUCGGGUCCAAUAUGGCGUCGAUGAUGACUCUGGAUCCAAUAAGAAGAAGGUCAUCAUUGUUGCUCAUGAUUGGGGUUGUGUACUGGCUAUGCGACUUGCAUCUGAAGCACCGGCACUCGCUAGCCGUUGGAUCUUUUCCAAUGGACCCUUGCUGAGCGUUGUGAAAUCCAACGUUCUCCGCUUUUUCUCGUCGGCGCAAAAGAUGUUUAAGACUGCUAUGAGAUCCCCACUCAAUGCUCGCGCUCCGUUGCUUCAGGCAAUUCGCACCUUGAGACCCGUCUUUCGCCAAAUUGGGUUAUCUGGCUACAUCUUUGUCAUGCAACUGCCUGUCCCCCUUGUCCGUUUCUUCCUAACUGGAGGAAAUGGCUCUUUUAUGCGUUCAAUUCACAAGAAUUCACAUGGACGUGCAGAGUUCACUCCUCAAGAUGCGGCCGAUUCCAUGGCCAGCACCAUGGGUCCAUCCCUUUCCGAGUCCAAGACCCAGACUGCCGAGAAAGAGACAUAUCCUACUACCAUCUCAUACGACGGUGAAUUUGCUAAUAUAAUGGAACCCGCCAACUACUACCGUCAUCAUGGAGCUUCUGCGCGCUGGAGGAAAUCCCUCGAGACAAUCGCGAACUUGCACGUCAUUAGUGCUAGCAGUGGGCGACGUACUAGCAACGGCGGAGGUUUGAUUGACGAAGGUGUCCCUGGAGGCUUGAAGGCAUCCGCAACUAUCCUAUGGGGAGAGAAAGAUCUGGCGCUUUACCCCCAAAUCUGCCUGGAUGGCUUCGCGGACUUCAUGGUCCAGGGAAGCCAGAUUAUCAUGCUUCCGGACUCGGGACACUUCACUCCAAUUGAGAUUGAGUCUCGUGUGGCUCUUGAAAAGGCGGUUCAAUGGGCCAUUGAAGGCGAAAAGGGUGAUGUUGCAGCUGCUGUGCAGGUAGCAUACCCGACCGCGAAGGUCACUGUCCGGAGAUAA